GACAUAAGAGACGCACGCAAAUACGCCUCAAGAGCUAACAAUGGUGGAUCUUCAAACAGUUUGCUGCAUGUGUGGUGACGUGGGCUUUCCAGACAAACUUUUCCGUUGCUCCAAGUGUCACCACCGGUUUCAGCACUCGUAUUGUAGCAACUACUACAGCGAAUCAUCCGAGGCAAUACAAGUGUGUGAUUGGUGUCAAAGCGAGGGAGCAAGCUCGAGAAAUGGUGCUCGAAAACUAAUAAGUGAUAGUUUAGGAAUGGUUAAUAGAUCGGAGUAUUCGGGAGAUAAUAAAAUCAAGCAGAAUGAUGAUAAGGAGGAAGAAAGUGGUACUACUGAAAGGGCAAAAAUGAAUCCUAAUGGGAGUCCUUCACAAAGGACAGCAACUCGUAGAUACAAGCUUCUUAAAGAUGUUAUGUGUUAAAAAAUAAUAAAUGUAAGUGUUUCAAUUUUUUAGUGUUUUUUUUUUUUCCUUUUUUCCUUUUUCACUGCCAAGAGUUUUUGGACCUAAAUAAGUUGUUAGAACCAGUGGAACUCCUUCAUGUAUAAAUCGUGAUGCUAAUUAGCUAGUAAUUAAGCACGGCUUCCCUUG